UUAGUGAUGCUCUGAUUGUAUUUGAAGCUGCAGCUGUCAGUGUGUACAGGAGUCUAUGUCCAGCUGUUUCAGUUACAACAAGUCUCGUCUGCAGCAGGAAAGUCGAGAUAGUUAUUGUGGCUGCCCUGGCCCACUAAGGACAGCUGGAGGGAGAACCAGGCGCCAAGCAGAUCAUAGUGGGUGCCACCAGCCUGACUUCACUCCUAAUUGUUGUUAGAUGUUGCCAUGUUGCCUGGCAGUGAGGCGCCGGCCACAUGCAGCCCUGCCUGGCGCCAACAAGUGUACAGGCACACCUAGGAGCCUGUGUGCCCGUGUGCCGUGUGCCUGGCCUGUUGUUAACUAACUUGUAUGAAGUGUAACGCAAAUGAACAGAAUGAAGUCACCUUGACAUCAGUACGUGACGCUACAUAUGAUGUGCUGUGUGUGGAGGUGUGGUAGAUGAAGGUUGACUCAGCCCGCAGAACACCCUCUGGUCCAUUCAGCAUUGCCCAACGGGGUGAACACUGAACACCACGACCCAUCAGGAAUAGUAAUUGUGUGAGGCACCAUGAUGUCCCAAGUGGUGAGGGCAAUUGCCCUCGUUGUCGUCUUGGCGGGGGUGGCCUGGUGUGAGUUUCAUCCCAUUGAUGUGGAGCCCAUGAUGAAGAAGGAACAGGCAGAUUUUGAAGAUGACACGGGUCUGGGCGCACUGCCUCCCAUUGGCAGUGGUGACCAUUCUCCCAACUCGUCUAAUAAUAAAGACGAUGGCAAAAAGGACGGGGAAGUGAACUUCAUGCAUGCCUUUGUUGCGGCUCUGAGCAUGAUCAUUGUAACAGAGCUCGGAGACAAGACCUUCUUCAUUGCUGCCAUCAUGGCCAUGAAUCAUGCCAGACUGACAGUGUUUGGUGGGGCCAUGCUUGCUCUCACCAUCAUGCACAUUGUAUCCUCAUUCUUUGGGUAUGUUAUAACCUGGAUCCCAAGAGUGUACACUUUCUAUGCAUCAAGUGUACUGUUUGCCAUCUUUGGCAUCAAGAUGCUGCGAGAGGGCUGGAAGAUGAAGCCAGAUGAGGGACAAGAAGAGAUGGAGGAAGUGCAAAUGGAUUUACGACGUAGAGAUGAAGAAGUUGAGAGGGAGAGCAUGGAGGAGGGCGGGUCUAGUGCUAGAAGAGCCCCACGGAAGACCCACUUGUUUGGUUGGUUGCCUCGGAUCUUCCUCCAGGCACUCACCAUGACUUUCUUGGCUGAGUGGGGAGACAGAUCUCAAAUUGCCACAGUAGUAAUGGCAACAAGAGAGGAUGUGUAUGGCGUGGUGCUCGGAGGAUUGCUUGGCCACUUCCUGUGCACUGGCCUGGCAGUGAUUGGUGGUCGCAUGAUUGCCAGUAAAAUAUCUGUCAGAACAGUGACGAUCAUAGGCGGUGUUACCUUCUUGGUGUUUGCAGCGUCGGCCUUGAUAAUUGGGCCUUGAAAAUAAUACUCACUCAUCGCUGUACUUGAGGUGGGAGUUGUGUUGUGCAACCAUUGUUAUGUUCGCACUUCUAUUUGAAAAGUCCUAUAGCCAUUCAUACAGACUCAACUAGAGAGAGACAAUGUGCUAUAUUUGUAAUAAUUUAUUUUUUUACUUUGUAAAUUAUAAGCUGCCGUGGUGUCAUGUGGUAAAAUCUUCCAGGCCUGUAAUGUAGCCCACACCUCCCCACGCUGUAGCCCCUUGAGCCAGUGGUAUAGGGACUGUUGGCCACAGAAUAUGAAGCAACUUAUGCUUCACAUGUUCUCAUGUAAGCUACCAUGUCAUAGUGAAUUGUACAUUUGUUACAUUGUUGUUUUGAAUAGCUGGUGAUUUAUUUAUUUUUUUUUUUCCAAAAUGUGCUACUGGAUCAGCACUCACAUUUUUUUUGUAUUUUUUUUUUUUCAACAAUAAUGCAAUCUUUUUAGUAGUCUAGGAAUUUUCACAUAGUUACUUAAACUUGAUGCCCCAUGUGAUACAGAACCCUGCCCAUGAAUUGCAUCAGAAAUUAGACUUUGUGAUGUACUAGAGGUACUGAACCAUUCAUCUGGCUUCCAGGAAUAUGCCUGUUUUUUAAGAGACUGGUUCUUCAUCUGAUGGACUUGAGAUGGUUUACUGCUGAUCUCUUUAUUUCAGUUUGUUUUGAGGUUGGUGCAUGACUGUUUAAGCUCCACACACACAUUUCUCCAAUUUCAUAAUCAUUUAUCACAGUUCAUCUUAAUUUUCAUUUGAUAUCGUGGAAAACCAACAAAAAGGCAGCCUGCCACUUUAUAAGCUUUAAGAAAGAAUGUGGCUUUGAUAUAUUGACUAAAGUUGUUUUAGAGACAUGAUAAAGACUGCUCCAAUGUGGAGACUGGUAUUGGGACAUCUUUUAUGUAUAAUAUUAAAAGUAGAAGAAACUCAUUCAUUUGAAAUUCUACUAGGGCAGUUCUUUAACUAAAUUAAUAAGCACCUGAAAAUUGUGCAACAAUUGAAGAGUACAGAAUUGGAUAGAGUGUCACUUGAAUGGACUUGCUAACAUCAGACUGGAAAGUUUCAGGGUGAAAUUAUCAUUCACAGGUUUUUGCUAAUGGCUCUCAAUUUGGUUUGACAUCCUCCAUCAUAUACAGUGGAUCUCCAUUCUGUUUAACUUUAUAAUCUUCACAUUGUGUUGAAUAUUUUCUAAAAUGUGUGGUUAUGUUAAUUUUUGCUGCUGCUAUGCCCUUUUAUAACCUUGCUUCUUGAAAAGACCAUUGUAAAGUCAACAUAUGUAGAUGAAAUAUGCUUAUAUGUGAAUGUCUUAUAAGGGACAGUAAAGGGGAAAAGAAGCAUAUUAGCAGUCCUCAAGGAGAUGAGGUAAGGAUUGGGAGUGAGAGUGUGUAAAUUAUAUUGUGGGGACACACAGUUCUCUAUUUCAAGGAUGUCAAGUCAAUUUAUAAAGACAUUGCCACACAAUGCAGCUGAAGUGGAAUAGUAGUGCCAUAUUCCUUGCACAUAAUAGAGGCCACUGAAAGAAAAGAUGGAAAUUCCCUGCCCUGUUUUUACAGGGAGACAAAAACAUUUGUAUUGAACCUUGCUCGAAAAGUUGAAAAAUUAUGAUAAUCUCCAGUCUUGACUUUGCUGGAUAAAUGAUACAGUUCAUGAGUGCACAGUUCAUUCCAUUUGUCUUUCUAAGUAUAUACAUAGAGACUAGAGUUACAUUUUUUAUUUCUUAUUUAUCUUUUUUUUUUUUCAUUUAAGUAUUUGCAUGCAAGGGAGACUGGUCAAGGACAACACCUCUAAGGAAAAGAUCUGUUCAAUUUCUGCUUUUGAAAAGCAGCAGUGAUUGAGUUCCUAGAGAAGGUCAGUUUCCUUUCUAAAAUAGUCUAAGUUGUAAUAAAGAUAGACAAAGUUAGUGUUUCAGAGUUAACUUGUAGUGGGGCUUAUGGAGUGGGGUGUAUUGUUUGGCAAUAAUAGGUUUAAUUUUAUAGUUCUUACAUUCUCGUAAAAUAUUCAAGGCACAGAAAUGAAGGCAGUGUUGUGUCAAUGUCACUGUGUUGUGAAGAUGUUAUGAAGCUGCUCGGAAAAGAAUUAAUGAUGGUCACGUUUCUUUCCCCAGUAUAUUGGUAUGACGGGUUGUAUUUAGCACAGUGGUCUUGUUUGCUGAACCUGGUGAUGUGUAGCCACCUGAUGGUAUUCAUGCAGUAUGUUUGUCUUCUUGACCUUCCUCAUUUGUAUAAAUUGCUGUGAUUGGCCUAUGAGUGACAUGGAAUGCCUUUGAAGAGGAAGGCUUAAUAGGUGUGUGUGUGUGUGUGUGUGUGUGUGUGUGUGUGGUGCAGGUGGAGGCUCCUUGUCUUAGAUACCUUCGUGGCUGGGGUGGUCAGCCAGAUCCCUUUCCCUAACAUACAAACCAUGUAUGUUAGGGAAAGGGUGCCUGUGUAUUUUCUGAUAUAUUUAUUUAUUUUCAUUUCAUAUAAUUUAACCUUAUAAAUCUUAAGUGGUUCCCUUCAUUAGUUUUAACAUAACAAUGGGAAAAUGCGACCUAGAUUUGUCAAAGCUGUGGACGAGCCACUACCUUACAUUCACAGUUCUUCACUAGCACAGUACCAAACCAUACCCGAGACCUCAGUCCUAUUUCAUCUCACAAUCUUUCUUAUCUUUCUCUCUCAUUGUUGUCAGUCUCUUUAUAAGUAGUUGGUGGCUUGGUGGGUGAAGUAGAAAUGAUGAAAACAUUGCAUGUUAUUUGAGUUUCAUAAAGAUUUUGAUGCUGAUUAAUCAUGUACAAGCUGGUUAUCAUCAUCACUUUCAUGAACUUGAAUGACUAAACAGGAAGGUAAGUAAAUUCAAUGACCAAUAAAAGACUGAGAGAGAGAGAGAGAGAGAGAGAGAGAGAGAGAGAGAGAGAGAGAGAUCUGGGAUUCUCUCUCUUUUCCAUUCAUGUUCUUUUUGAUUCAUCAUUUCCUGCAAUAACUUAUUUAUGGUUUACUUUAAACAGUAUUUUAUCAUAAUAGUUUUGUGUGUGGGUGCGAUGGAAAGGGUUACAUUGUGUAUGUAUGUAUGAUUUUUUCCUAGUGGUGCAUUUUAUGAACAGUUAAUAGUGUGUGUUAGAUUUACUUGUCGCUGUGAAAGUGUGUUUGUAUUGAAAACAAUUGUUAAGGGAGUGUCAUUUACUUCUCAUAAAAAGAAAGAAGUAUGAAGUGUGACUCAUAGAUAUAUCUAUCAUGAAAAGAUAAAUAUCAGAGCUAAAAUUGAUAUUUUACAAGUAUAUAAAGAUUUUAUUGUAUUGCUUAUGUGCACAGAUUAUUGUUGUUAUGAAAGUCUGUUUCAUUAAUUUGCUAGAGAUGUUUUACAAUAACAUUACUUAUGCCUGAAGUAUGGGAGACCACUGGAGGAAAGAAGACUGAGGAAACAAUUAUUGUACUACUUGAACUUUUUUAAAGCUAAGUGAAGUAUAUGUUGUAUAUGAACAUACUCACUCACUUUAUGGACUCGACCUUUUAUGUCAGCCCUCAACUCUCCAGACUUGAUAGACAAAAGCAGUGAAUUGAGUGGUUGAGUGAUUAGGUGAUCACCUGUGGGUGCAGACUGUCUGCCAUAGAUUGCUUGUAGGUAGAUCUCACCAUAGGGUGUUUGAUUUACUAUAAUUAAAUGCAUCACUGAACCAGUAAAGUUAUCAAGAUAGUUCUUUAUGAAUUAUCAAAGCCAAUUUGAGUUGUAAUCCCAUAAAUAUGAGGCUGAAGAGUCUGGAACCUUCCAGGUACUUUUACUUUGUAUAAAUUUAAAACAAUAUUUUCUUUAUUUGUUGUAUUCAUUCAUUUAUCAAGUUUAAAUAAUUAAUUGAUUUAUUAGUUUAUUGUUUAUUGUGUGUGUGUGUGUGUGUGUGUGUGUGUGUGUGUGUGUGUGUGUGUGUCUGGUAUGAGAGGUAAGAGUAAUAACAAUAACAAUGGGCUGAAUUCUACAGAUGACCAAGUCAUUAAUGUCGGCCGUUAUUUAGCAUUAUACUGUCAUUUCUUUUUUUGUUGACUGUAUGCCAUAUCAGCCCGACAAGGUACCCUAAUAAAUUGUUAUAUAAAA